AUGAAGGAAAAGUUUGCAAAGUUGCUUCUUGGUGAGGAUAUGUCUGGUGGGGGAAAGGGUGUUUCAUCAGCCUUGGCAUUGUCAAAUGCUAUUACAAACUUAGCAGCUUCUGCAUUUGGAGAACAAAAGAAAUUAGAGCCCAUGGCACCAGAGACCAAAACAAGAUGGAGAAAGGAGAUUGAUUGGCUCCUAUCUGUCACGGAUCAUAUUGUUGAAUUUGUUCCUUCUAAGCAAGUCUCAAAAGAUGGAAUAUAUAUGGAUAUUAUGACAACAAGGCAAAGAUCUGAUCUUCACAUUAACAUCCCUGGCCUACGCAAGCUCGACGCAAUGCUCCUUGAGUGCCUGGAAAACUUCAAAGAGCAAAGUGAGUUUUACUACACAAAAUCAAAAGAUGAUGAUACAAGGAAUGAUGAUAAAUGGUGGAUUCCUACUCCUAAGGUUCCCCAAAAUGGCUUGUCUGAUUCUACAAGAAAAUGGAUGCAGAAGCAGAAGGAUUCUGUAAACCAAGUGCUUAAAGCAGCUAUGGCUAUAAAUGCACAAGUACUGUCAGAAAUGGAAAUUCCAGAAAGCUACAUAGAGUCGCUUCCCAAGAACGGGAGAGCAAGUCUGGGAGACUCAAUUUACAAGAGCAUUACAGACGAUUACUUCGAUCCCGACUAUUUUCUGUCCACUAUAGACUUGUCAUCGGAACAUAAAAUUCUUGACCUCAAAAAUAGGAUCGAGGCAUCCGUGGUUAUAUGGAAACGGAAAAUGAAUGCUAAAGACAGCAAGUCUUCGUGGAGUUCGGGUGUGAGUUUGGAGAAGAGAGAAAUUUUGGAAGAAAGAGCAGAAACUAUUUUGCUUCUUCUUAAGCACAGGUUCCCUGGACUCCCUCAGUCAAGUUUAGACAUCAGCAAAAUCCAAUACAACAGAGAUGUGGGACAAGCUAUUUUGGAAAGCUAUUCAAGAAUAAUAGAAAGCUUGGCGUAUACUGUCUUGUCAAGAAUCGAAGAUGUUACAUAUGCUGAUAAUCUUGCUCGAAAUCAAUCAAAUGGGGAAAAAAAGACUAAACUUGCAUGCGCUAAAGAAGAACUCGAGAAACAAAAUUCAACAGACACACCAACUUCGAUGACGUUGUUGGAUUUUAUGGGUUGGAAUUUAGAUCGAGGUGACACUGAUGCAAAAAAUGAUUUUAAGGAUGAUGUUUGCAAAGAGGUCGAUAUGCACCUGAGCAAACCACCUAACGUCGUGACAAACAAGAAAAUAUCCUACAUAGAGAGGCUAGAGAACUUAGGGGGAGCAAGAAGUCCAACAGCACGCCAUUAA